AUGCACACAAACAAAAGUCAGGUAUUUGCACAAAUGCUUGGAAUAUACGGAACUGAUUUUAGACGAAUGAUAGAGGCUGAAGGACUUGAGGAUGCUACAAUAGAUGAGCUUCGAGAUAUGUACUUAGAUGUUAUAGACAUGUGCUAUGCGAAAAAUACAGCAUCUAACAACAAGAAAAUAGACUGGAUACAGAUCAAGAAUGUGCAUGAGCUUGGCAACAAGUACUGCUUUGAUGUGCUUGUAACAGGGAGUGUAAAUAACGUGUGUAGAAGGGAUUUUGAAGAGGGAGAAGAGCUUGGAAUGCUUCUGAAGGAUUAUGAAUUCAGGCUACUGGAAAAGCUAAGCAUAAUUAGAAAGGUAUAUAAAAAGAUGCAUGAUCAAGGAUUGACAUUUGAAGAUCUUAGUACAAGUACAAUAGCUCCUGAUGGAUACGAAUCUGUGAAUAACAUGACAGAUGCAUCUAUGAUCAGCACAAGAACCUCAGUAGAUGAAGUGGCCGAAGAAGAAUGUUCUAAUAACGAGGAAAAUAUUAAUAAAACUCGAGGAAUAGCGAUAAUUGUUAAGAAUGUGCAGCAUGGUAAGUCUGCAAAGCCAACAACUGAUGAGAAGAACAAUGAAGAGCAUCAUAUUGUCGAUAUGAAUUCCGAGUCAGUGUCUGAUAAACCAAUGGAUAGUUUAACAAAGCAUUCUGAUACACAUAAAACCAAAAGUAAAACGAAAGAUUGGGUAGAAGGAGACUAUUCUAGUAUACUCAGGCUUUCAAGGCGCUAUCAAGUAUGA